CAGGGGGCUGCCUCGGUGCGAGAGCGGCGGUGGCGGCAGGCGGAGAGAUGAUCGCGGAGUUGUUGAGCAGCGCCCUGGGGCUCGCCCUGUACCUCAACACCCUGGGCGCCGACUUCUGCUACGAUGACAGUCGAGCUAUCAAGACAAACCAGGACCUUCUGCCUGAGACGCCGUGGAUCCAAAUCUUCUACAAUGACUUUUGGGGGACACUGCUUACUCACAGCGGGAGCCACAAGUCCUACAGACCUCUCUGCACACUUUCCUUCCGCAUUAACCAUGCUGUUGGGGGAAUGGACCCAUGGGGCUACCACCUUGUAAAUGUCCUAUUACAUGCUGCAGUCACAGGCCUUUUCACAAACUUCUCCAGGAUUCUGUUUGGAGAUGGGUACUGGACCUUGAUAGCAGGCCUGCUGUUUGCAUCUCAUCCCAUCCACACGGAGGCCGUAGCGGGGAUUGUAGGGAGGGCAGACAUUGGAGCCUGCCUCUUCUUUCUCCUUUCCCUGAUGUGUUACGUGAAGCAUUGCUCUACCAGAGGUUCCUCACCAAGUACUUGGGGCUGGAUCUUGGGAGCAGGGCUGUGUGCAGGAUGCAGCAUGCUGUGGAAGGAGCAAGGAGUGACUGUUCUGGCCAUUUCAGCCGUGUACGAUGUCUUUGUAUUUCAUCGACUGAAAAUGCAUCAGAUCAUUUCUACUUUAUGCCAGAGAAAGAAUUUGAGCCUGUUCUUCAGCAUUGGUUUAUUGACCUCCUGGGGCACUGCACUGCUGGGAGUUCGCUUAUACUGGAUGGGCAACAAGCCCCCAAGUUUUUCCAACUCUGACAAUCCAGCAGCUGACUCAGACAGUUUUCUCACACGUACGCUGACCUUCUUUUACUUGCCAACCAAGAACCUCUGGCUGUUGCUGUGCCCAGAUACCCUCAGCUUUGACUGGUCUAUGGAUGCUGUGCCUCUUCUAAAAGCAGUCAGUGACUGGAGGAAUCUACACACUGUGGCCUUCUAUGCUGGGCUCCUCCUCCUUGCCUACUUUAGCCUGAAGGGCUCCAGCAAUGAGAGAGAAUGCAAUGGGAGAACUGUAAUGAACGGCAAGCAAAAUGCUAAUGGGCAUAGCUGCCACUCAGAAAUGGAGUACAAGACACUGGAGGUGAAGUCAAGCUUUGUAUCAAAAGAAGAGAAUGGCAUAAAAAAGCAUGAAAUUAAGAAACUGCAGCUUCCUUCAACUGAGAACAUUGUCAUUCUGUCUCUCUCUUUGUUAAUAGUGCCCUUUGUUCCUGCCACAAACCUAUUUUUCUAUGUUGGCUUUGUAAUAGCAGAGCGUGUGCUGUAUGUUCCUAGUAUGGGCUUCUGCCUGCUGGUUACAGUAGGUGUCAGGGCCCUUUAUGUCAAAGCCCAAAAGCGCUUUUUGAAGAACUUGGUUUUUUGUUCCACUGCUGCAUUAAUUAUUUUCUAUGGACUCAAGACUGUUGUCAGGAAUGGGGACUGGCAGAAUGAGGAGAUGCUGUAUAGGUCAGGGAUAAAAGUAAACCCUGCUAAAGGUAAUUUUUGCUCUUUAUGGUGAAUGCUUUACUUAUUCCAAUCUGUCUCUGCAUUUGAAUUGUCUGAUUUUAUCAGCUAUAUCUAAAGAGU